CAAAGUCAAGUGUCAAAUAUUUGAAAAAAUCUAGCUGACAAGCAAAAAAAAACAUUUUUUGAAUAAUUGCAUAAAUACACGUUUUAAAUUAUAUUAUAAAUAAAAUAAAUAAUUUUCUUUGAAUAGACGGUGGACACGAGAAGUACAAAAUGAGCUCAGUAAACCCUGACGAUUGUCUUGGUUCAAUAAAUAAUGCAAUCUUAAACAGGGCAGAAGAUGAUUUGCUAGAGUAUAGAAAUUUAAUCAAGCAAAGGGUCCAGUUUUAUAGGGAAGAAAAUGCCUUGAUGAAGGAAACAUAUGAGAAGUUAAAACUGCUGAAAUCCAAAAUUGAUUCAAACACUUUGGACCCAAAGAUGCGUAAAGAUUUGGCUACUCUGCUUAAUAUCGAAUAUGAUUGCAAUAAUUUAAAUACAGAAAAGACUGAACUAGAAAAUGCAGAAACCUUAUCUAGGAAAAGGCAGAACUAUAUGUCAAAGUUAAAAAUUUGUAUUAGGCAUUAUAAGAAUCUCAAUGACCAGAUCUGCAAUGAAAUUAAAUAUUUAAGAAGUGAAAAAGAACUAAAUACCUCCAAUCUAAAUAAUAUAAUUGCCCAUUCUCAGGAUAUACAGCAGCUAGAAGAAAAAGCAAAAAAAUAUGAAAAUAGAUUAAGUCAAUUUGAGAAGCACCCUUGGCUUAAACAGCCAUAUCUUGCUUUUCCAAACAUGCUGGUACAAAUAGCCACUUUAAGAACAAUGAAGACUGUAAAAGAAGACUUGCUCAAAGAGCUCAGUGUUUACCAAAAUUUAAAGCCAGAUAUAAUAGAAGCUAGAGAGCAAUUGGCGCAGAUAAAACAAGAAAUGAAAACCAUUGGUAGUAUAUAGGUUAACUUGGUAAUAUAUGUUUGGAUUAUGAGUUUUAAAAAAAUAUGUCUUAGCAUUGUGAUCUUUUGUAUUAGAUUAUUGCAAAAAUAUCUUGUGCCAAGGUCCUAUUAUAUUAUAAAAAGAGAAUUUAAUUUUUAUGAACGUUACAUUUAUGGAAAUUUUCGAGAUUUUAAAGUAAGGACGAGCUGAUCUUUAAAUAUGCUAAUACAAAUUACUCUAUUU